AUGCUGACUACCAACGCAGUUUCGACGUCCGACUCGUUUAUAGAAAGAGAGAUCAAUCAAAGCUAUAAUAAAGAGAGACCUCGGCCGCAGCAUGAGUUGUCGCUCGAUGAGGUGCGGGAAUACUUCAAAUCGCGUUUCACUACGCUUUUCCCCACGAAACGAAUCCUCAAGGAAAAUUGGGCCAAGUAUCCGUGGAAUCCGUUUCCGGCUUUGGGGCAUAUGAAUGCUAGGCAAGUACAGUUCUUCCUGGUAGGAUUUUUGGCGUGGACCUGGGAUGCCCUUGACUUUUUCGCGGUGUCCCUCAACAUACCAGAGAUCGCUGAAGACCUCGGCAAACCCAUCAAAGACGUUACUCACGCCAUUACGUUGGUACUACUGCUACGCGUGGUGGGCGCAGUUAUAUUUGGCUACCUGGGUGACCGCUUCGGAAGAAAAAUGCCAUAUUGUCUUUCCAUGUUUCUCAUUAUAGUGGUACAGAUAGGAACUGGGUUUGUAAAAAGUUUUCCCGCCUUUCUAGGUUGUAGAGCACUCUUCGGGGUCAUAAUGGGGUCUAUCUUUGGCGUUGCCAGCGCCACCGCUCUAGAAAAUGCGCCAGAAGAGUCCAAAUCUAUUUUGUCCGGUAUAUUCCAAGAAGGAUACGCCCUUGGCUACCUUUUGGGUGUAAUAUUCAAGCGAGCAAUCGUUGAUAAUUCUCCAUAUGGCUGGAGGUCUUUUUUCUGGUUCAGCGCCGGACCUCCAGCUCUUUUCAUCGUUUGGAGGCUGCUUCUUCCCGAAUCUGAUGCCUAUGUCAGAAGAAAGUUAGACGCUUCAGAAAAGAACACACAAAUUACACGUAAAUCUGAAUCGUCUCGCUUUUGGAAAAACGUCAAGCUAGCUCUCAUUCAGCACUGGAUAACGUUGAUUUAUCUGGUAAUUUUGAUGGCUAUGUUCAAUUUCUCUUCGCAUGGUUCCCAAGACCUGUUCCCAACAAUGCUAACGCAACAGUACAGCUAUUCGGAAGAUGCUUCGACUGUCACAAAUGCAGUAGCAAAUAUUGGAGCUUUAGUCGGCGGUAUCAUUGUAGCCCAUAUCUCGUCUUUCAUAGGACGCCGAUGUGCCAUUGUAUUGUGCUGUUUAGGAGGUGGAGCCUUACUAUACCCUUGGGGGUUUACGGCUAGCCCCCAAGGACUCAAUCCAGCAGUCUUUUUCCUACAAUUCUUUGUGCAAGGUGCUUGGGGUGUCGUACCAAUUCAUUUAACAGAGCUUUCGCCGGUCGAGUUUCGCGCUUUCGUCACUGGAGUUGCUUAUCAGAUGGGUAAUAUGAUCAGUAGUGCUUCUUCAACAAUCGAGGCUAGCAUAGGCGAAAGAUUCCCAAUCGAGGGUAAGGAGGGAGCGUACGACUAUGGGAAGGUGAUGUGCAUUUUCAUGGGAUGUGUUUUUGCUGGUCUGCUAAUCACAACAGUGCUGGGUCCAGAGAACAAAGGUGGAGAAGUGGUGGUUGAUGAACAUGUUCUCGGUGCCCGGGGUUCAAUGGAGAAUAAUGACGGUUACGACUUGGAGCGCCGUGGAUCCAUAGAAACUUGCAGAUCGGAGUAUAAACCAGUUUUUGAAUAUGUCGCAGACGUCGACGCUGAAAAUAUUUCUAAUGACCGGUCUCCUUACUCCAGUCGCUAA